ACCUUGGAAAAACGGGGGCUGCCCCGAAACCAGCUUGGGCCAUCAUAGCCGGUCAGGCUCUCUCUCUCUCUCUCUCUCUCUCUCUCUCUCUCUGUGCUUUUGAAACAACCUCCUCGAAAACCAGAUCUCUCCUCCGGUUUCAAUUUCCCACCACCGCGAAACCCUAGCUUUCGAUUCCGACUCGAGCCGAUCCGGACUGGUCACAAUGGGCGAUUUCAACCUCGCCCUGGUGAUCGUCGCCAUCGUCGUCUGCGUCGUGGUCUUCAUCUUCAACGUCUACCUCCUCGUCAACUUCCAGCACCCCGACGACGCCAACCAGGCCUACUUCCCCAAAUUUGUCGUCGUCCUCGGCCUCUCCGUCGCCGCCAUCUCCAUCCUCAUGCUGCCGGCCGACGUCGCCAACCGCCAGGCCUGCCAGCACGCGAUCUACAACGGCGCCUGCAACCUCACAUUGCCCAUGAAGACCCUCUGGCUCGCUAUAUACAUCCUUGACGCCGUCCUCGUCUUCUUCGUCAUUCCCUUCGCCAUGUUCUACUACGAAGGCGACCAGGACAAGAGUGUUGGCAAGCGGAUUAAAAGCGCGUUGUUGUGGGUGGUGACUACUGCUAUUGUCUGUGGUCUGGUGCUUGGGAUAUUAUAUGCGCUUGUUGGAAAGGUUGACUUCACUGUAAUGCAUCUCUCUUCUGGCACUACAAGCUUCCCCAGUACGUGGAGCUUCUCGAGCAGUCAACCAUGUAUUGGAAGUGGCACACAACAGUGUUCAGCAUAUUCCGCAAGUCCUUCAGCAGAGACGACGUGGACCAUGCGUGCUACCUUCCCAGAAUAUGUUGUUGCUCUUGCUACCAUCGUUGGAUCUGUUCUUUUCACUAUAUUUGGCGGUGUUGGCAUUGCUUGCCUACCAUUGGGACUUAUCUUUGCAUUCAUUCGGCGUCCAAAAGCUGUAAUCACUCGUUCACAGUAUAUUAAGGAAGCAACUGAACUAGGUAAGAAGGCAAGAGAAUUGAAGAAAGCAGCUGAUGCUCUUCGUCAGGAAGAAAAAGGUGGCUCAAAGGGAAGGAAGUGGCGGAAAAAUGUCAAGGCAGUAGAGAAGGAGCUACUUCUUCUGGAGGAAGAUGUGAAGAAUUUAGAAGAGAUGUACCCUCAAGGUGAAAAGGCCGAGACUGCGUGGGCUAUGACUGUGCUUGGCUACUUGGCCAAGUUUGUGUUGGGAAUUCUGGGGCUCAUUGUUUCAGUGGCAUGGGUUGCACAUAUAGUGAUAUAUCUAUUGAUCAACCCUCCACUUUCACCUUUCCUGAAUGAUGUUUUCAUCAAGUUGGAUGAUGUUUGGGGUCUUCUGGGUACGGCAGCAUUUGCAUUCUUCUGCUUCUACCUUUUGCUUGCCGUGAUUGCUGGGGAAACGAUGCUUGGCAUGAGAUUAGUUUUCAUUACAAUCCAUCCCAUGAAGUGGGGAGGCACUCUCAUGAACUCCUUUCUUUUUAAUGUGGGACUUAUUCUUCUUUGCUCCAUCAGUGUGAUUCAGUUCUGCGCCACAGCGUUCGCGUACUAUGCUCAAGCUACUGCGGCAGAGGAAAUAUUUGGUCACACAUUGCAAUCUCUUCGUGGAAUAAAAUAUUUAUACAAGUAUAAUGUGUUUCAAAUUGGAUUCAUUGCUCUGGCUGGACUGACCUUUGUGUAUUAUGCUGCCUUUGGAUGGAGAAGAAAAAAGCCUAGCGGCAGAUUCCAGCUUUCCACUUAAACAUAUAUUGCUGUGGGGUGGAUGCAUCUUACUGGAUCUUUUGGAAUCUUCUGUUGUACAAUUUUUUGUAUGGGUGAUUUUAAGACUGGUGCAUAUGGCCUAUCCUUGUGUAAUGGUGUUGUCUAGAGAAGUAGGUGGACAGAAUGCGAGGUAAAUUUGAUUCCGCCGAGAAAGUGCUGUGUUGAGCUCUGCUUUUGCUGCUUUUUCUUGUUUCCCCACCUUUUGUAUGUAUUAUUCCUUGUUUGAUUCACGUUGAGUUGGGUUUCUCAGAUAAUAUUUGUGGUAAGCGUGUGGAGUGUGUCGUCGAUGUAUUUAUAUGGCAAAUGAGAAUAAUGAUUUUUUUUUUUAAUCAUAGAAUGAUGAAUUUUUUAAGCAA